AUGCUCAGUAAGAGCAUCAGUGAUAUGAAAAUAGAGAUGGAGAAGCUCCAAAAUAUUUACGACGAGGAAGUUGUAAAAAUAAAGGAGUCGUACGAGAGGCGCCUGCUAGUUUUGCAGGCCGAACUGGAGGAAAAGGAAAAUUACUUCAAGAAACAAAAAGAGGCCCACCGAGAGGAAUUCGAGUCACAGUUGGAGGAGUACAAAGGUAUGUACCACAAUGAGAAAAGGAUAAGUCAAGACAGGGAGAGACUCAUCGAGGAGGCUGCUGCCGAACGGGAGAAACUCACCAAAGAGGCUGCUGCCGAACGGGACAGACUCACCAAAGAGGCUGCUGCCGAACGGGAGAGAAUCACCAAAGAGGCUGCUUCCGAACGGGAGAAACUCACCAAAGAGGCUGCCGUCGAAAUAGAAGAACUCCAAAACCGUGUAACCCAAAUGAACGAACGGGAAAAAGACCUAACACAAGGUCUGAAUGAAGAAAAGGAAAAAAAUGAAAAAAUCAAAACGGAAAUAGAAAAAUACAAAGAACAAAUUCUCAACUUGAAUGAAAUAAUUAACAAAAAAAAUGAAAAUAUUAAAAAUAUGGUUAAUGAUAUCCUUUUGGUAAAAAAUGUAUAUGACGAGCUAGCCAAAGAGAAGGAACUGAACGAAUUAGGAAAAAAAAAACUAGCCAAAAAAAUUGAUACGUAUGAAAAAGAUUUAAAUUAUUUAAAAAAGAACAUAGAAGGAUAUAGAGUGAAUAAUGAUAAGAUGAGGAAGUGCAACCAGGAACUAAAUGAACGAGUGAGGAAAAUGGAAUGUGAAAUUCGUAGUCUUGAGAAUGAAAAUGAAUUUUUAAAAAAAGAAAAUCUUCUUUUUAACAAAAAAUUUUUGAAUGUAAAAAGGGGGAAAAAGCUAGUAGGGCAGGUAGACUACUUCUCUGACUCGACGGAUGUCAAGGAUGAGGUGCCUAGUGCGGACAGUAGUGUGGAGGGAAAUAACUCGUUAGGGUCUCACAGAGAUGAGUUGCAGGUGAAGGAAGUGAAGCUAAUGGGACAAACGAACGAGAUAGGAAAUGUGAAAGAUGCAAGUGGUGAAAAGGGCGCUGAUGGAGACAAGUGCGCGAAGCGGAAGAAGAAAAAAAAGAAAAAAAAUAUUUUAAAGAAGAAAAAAAAAAAUAUUGCAAAAGUUGUAAAAAGGGGCGAGAAAGGGGCAGGUAGCGAUGCUGACGCCGAUGGUGACAGCGACGGUGAUAGCGACGAUUGCGGUGAGGACGGGGAAGGCGCUUCCUCCACCGGGGAGGAUCUCCCCGUAGAACCAACGUGCGCGCUGAGCGUGCUGGCAACCGGUCGCGGAAAACGGAAAGACUCCGCGGAGCAGAAAAGGGGAAGCAUCAGUGGAGCCCCCCGAGGAGAAAACGAAUCAGGAGAUUCGAACGACUCUGACGAAGCAGGCGCAUCGAACGAUUCAGAUGAAGUAGGCGCAUCGAACGAUUCAGACGAAGCAGGCGCAUCGAACAAGUCAGACGAAGCAGGCGGAGAAAGCCAAGCCCACCUUAGCACGCUAAGCAUAGCAGGCGGCAAAGCCAACUGUGCAUGCUCGUCAAAAAAGGAAGUGCACCUGUCCGAUGUGAGGCGCAGCAUAGACAACUUAGUAAGCGAAAAAAAACUGAAGGGAAAUGCCAUCGGGUCAAAUUACGAAGAGGUUGGAAGUGCAAGCCGAUUCGAUUUGAUCUCCAAAUUUUUGGAAAACGAGCUAAGCAGCAACCGAUAUUUGUUCGACUUGAAUCUGUACAGCUUAAAAAGGUAUAAUAUUUUCAGCUUCAGCAAUGGGGUAUUCCCCCAGGGGGGGGAGUGCAACCUGACCAACCUGGUUCGCAAGAAAAGGAGCUGCCCAGCGCGCGCGGGCCAUUUGCACGGCCAGCACAAUUUGGAAGAAGUGCACAAUUUGGGGGGAGUUGACACUUUGGAGGAAGAGCACAAUUUGGGGGGAGAGCACAAUUUCCACAUGAGCGCAAAGAACACUUGGCGCAGCCGAACGGAGGGGUUGGCUCGAGCCCUGAGGGAUUCCUCCUGCGGUAGAAGCAAUGGGGAGGAAGAGGCAGAGUGUGUUGGAGGUGCAGCACGUGGGAGGAUACUCCAAGGAGGUGGCAAUUGUGAAACUCAUACAAACGAUGACAUGGAGAAAAAUAAAACGAUAAAUUACUUCCUAGCUAACAUAAAAAAGGAAAAGAAAAAUUCAAACGAAAUUGUCAUGAAAAGAAGAGAGACUGGUUUGCAGAAGCUCCUCAGUAGACGUGACUCCUCUAGCGAAUCUUACCAAAUUGGGAAAAAAGAGCAGCUGGUGCGGAAGUUGUUGGGGGGGGAAAAACCCUUCGAGUGUGAAAAAAGCGAUCGCCAUGGUAGUGCCGUGCACAUCGCAGAUGUCAGUACAACUGAUGAACUUGGGAGAUAUAGGCACCACCUCCGGGGAGGUCAGAGCGACAUGCAGUCCUACCUCCUAAGCAAGUGCAAAGGAAAAAAUAACAUCUACGGUCUCUUCAUCAUCAACGAACGUCUAAAGAGCAUAUACAAAAAUAUAGCGAACAGAAGGAAGUCUAUCAGCAAUUUUCCAGUGAGUAUGCCAAAGAUUGAAAAUGAAAAACAGUUUAGCAGUUCCUUUAACAUCAUACAAACAAGAAAGGUUCUUCCCGAGGGGGAGGAAAACCCACCCAUGGUUAUCCCUCUUGGUUGUAAAAAAAAUGAACAGAAAAUGGUUCCUACUUUUGAGUAUACAGGAGAGUCCAACGAAUUGCACAUUGCUGUACCAAAUGGUCGCAUCAAGGGGGAAAUUCAAUCCGGAGAUGAAACAAAUAAAACGAGUUUCAUCUCGGAAAGUAGAUUAACAGAAGAGACGCGCAGUGCAGGUAGUGCUUUUGUAGUGUCUGGAGAAGACCCCCUUCCAAGGGAUGAGGAAAAAAUGGGAAAAAAUUUCCUUUUGGAAAAUUCAAAAAAUAUGAACAGGUUAGGUAAAAAAGGGGAAUUCAGUUACACACACGAGGAAAAUGACGAGGAGGGAAUUUUUUUAAAAAAAAAAAGUUACCUCGGAAAUGCCCACUCCAUUUCGGUUAUGCUUGAUAAGAAUCAGCCACCAAUGGGGGGAUACCUCUCGUCGAAUGAGUCUCCUCCGAGAGUAGCAACAAACGGGGGAGAGGCAGACUUGCGUGUGGUGGCUGGUGAAAAAAACCCUCCCAUGGGAUGGCAUCCUUUGUACCAGGAGGACAUGGAAAAAUGCGUUUCGUUCGUAAAAGUGGGCAGGAAAGUGCUUCAAGAAGGAGGGGACAAAGUUGGAAGCGGACCUCGGGGUGGAGGUCCUCCACUUCGAGAACGUCUGACCCAUCACAAUGGAUCGGUUAUUCACGGUGGAUCGGCUCUGCACAAUGGAACGCUUAUUCACGAUAGAUCAAUUCUUCACGAUGGGCCAUUUCUUCACAGUGGACCACCUCAUCACAGUGGACCACUUCAUCACGCGAACGAACCAAGAGACAACGAAUUUGCGAACCACCUCAAAGUGAAGGAAGGCCCACGAAAAGGCAACCCUCGCCAAACAAACCAAAACCAAGAACAGGAAGCAGUGAGCAAGUUCGACUUAAAUGAUGUAUUUAAUUCCAAUUUUAACAAUUUUUUAUUGUCCUAUAAGAGUAAAAAAAGGGAGUUCGCCGUAUCUCCCUCUUCUCCCUCGUCUGCCUUUUCUCCCUCUUCUGCCUUUUCUCCCUCGUCUGCCUCUUCUCCCUCGUCUGCCUUUUCUCCCUUUUCCCCCUCUUCUUCGUCACCUUCCAGAAAUCGAAUUUUUGAAAUUUUAAAAAAAAAAAACUCCCCAUGUGAUCACUCGCACGAACGAAACGGCACAGACGCCGCGAAGGAAGACUCCUAUUUCGAAAAUUAUUUAAACAGUUUGAAGCAGCAGAGGGGUAGGGCUCGAGUGGGGGAAGACCCAAGCGGUGUGUACGUUCGCCGGGUUGAUAGACAGGACAAGGAGACCGGAUCCACGGAUAAACAUACACAGAGGGGAAGCAACAAAUGGGACUGCUUGGCUGAAACGAAAGAGUUCAUCAAACAAGAAUCUGCACAAAAUAGUAAUAAUGCUGUGGAUGAUCCAAAUGUACUUAUGCAAAAUAAUGUCAACUCGGGGAUCAUUUCCGGUGGUGGAAGUGACUGUCGUGGGGACUCCAACAGAGGAAGUAUUAAGAAGGAGAGUGAGAGGUUUCUAUUCAGCAGCAACUCCGUAAUGAACACUGAGUCGAAUUCCAUCGGGGGGACAACGUAUGAAAAUAUUGUGAGGAGUCACAUCGAAAAUUCGCACUUCAUCAAUUUGGUUAAAAAUAAAAGCCAAAAGGAUAUCCUACUGGGGGGGGGACAUAGCAAAUCUGAUCUUCGUUUGAUCAAUCAAGAAUGUAAUGCAUCAAAUAGGAGAGAUGGAAUGAACCGGAAGAAAUCGCCAUGA